GGCCUGGCUGGAGAGUUUCACGAACUAACCACCAGGAGGAGCGAGUGGGAAGGGGAGGGCUUUGUCUUCGGCCGGGAGGGUGGGGUGUCGGUGAGAGAGUUUGUGAAAAGUUGAGAGACGUGCAGGAGGAAGUGGGGAGAGAAGAGCUGGGGCUGCGCCGGAGGCGGAUGGCAGAGAGGUCUAAGGUGACCCCCGGGAAACCUCUGUGGCGGGAAAGGAGUCGAGGGCCUGCAGAAAAGGAGGGACCGGCUGGGAAGUUCGCGCCUACCUGAGUCGGGGACUCAAGUGUCUGAUCCCGCAGUUCUUCCCCCGCGUGGUGACUCUGGUGGCCGCGUCUGCGCCCUAGCUGUGAGGAUCCGAAUGGCCGUGAGGUGGACCUGGGCAGGCAAAAGCUGCCUGCUGCUGGCGCUUUUAACUGUGGCCUAUGUCUUGGUGGAACUCUCAGUCUCUACUUUCCAUGCCUCCUCUGGAACUGGCCUUGCCUGGGAGCGGGGGCCAGGGCAGCUCCCAGAUCUCCAGAAAAAGGCAGAGGAUUUGUCCAGACCGCUGUAUGAGAAGCCCCCUGCAAAUUCUCAUGCACUCGGGGAGUGGGGGAAAGCCAGCAGACUCCAGCUCAACGAGGCUGAACUGAAGCAGCAAGAAGAACUCAUUGAGAGAUAUGCUAUUAAUAUUUACCUCAGUGACAAAAUUUCCCUGCACCGCCACAUAGAGGAUAAAAGAAUGUACGAGUGUAAAUCCAAGACGUUUAACUAUAGGCGACUUCCCACCACCUCUGUUAUCAUUGCUUUCUAUAAUGAAGCGUGGUCGACUUUGCUCCGCACCAUCCACAGUGUUUUAGAGACUUCUCCUGCAGUCCUUCUGAAGGAGAUCAUCUUGGUUGAUGACUUGAGUGACAGAGUUUAUUUGAAGACACAACUUGAAACGUAUGUCAGCAAUCUGGAUAGAGUCCGCUUGAUUAGAACAAAUAAGCGGGAGGGACUGGUUAGGGCCCGCCUGAUUGGGGCCACGUUUGCUACUGGGGAUGUUCUCACUUUCCUGGAUUGUCACUGUGAGUGUAAUUCUGGUUGGUUGGAACCACUUUUGGAAAGAAUUGGUGAGGAUGAAACAGUAAUUAUUUGUCCUGUUAUAGAUACCAUAGAUUGGAAUACUUUUGAAUUUUAUAUGCAGACUGGGGAACCCAUGAUUGGCGGGUUUGACUGGCGUUUAACGUUCCAGUGGCACUCUGUUCCCAAGCAUGAAAGGGAUAGGCGGAAAUCGAGAAUUGACCCAAUCAGAUCACCCACCAUGGCUGGAGGACUGUUUGCUGUCAGCAAGAAAUAUUUUGAGUACCUUGGAACAUACGACACUGGAAUGGAAGUGUGGGGAGGUGAAAACCUGGAACUGUCUUUCAGGGUGUGGCAAUGUGGAGGUAAACUGGAGAUCCACCCGUGUUCCCACGUGGGCCACGUAUUCCCUAAGCGGGCUCCCUAUGCUCGGCCCAAUUUCCUGCAGAACACUGCUCGGGCAGCAGAAGUGUGGAUGGAUGAGUACAAAGAGCAUUUUUACAAUCGAAACCCUCCAGCAAGGAAAGAAGCUUAUGGUGAUAUCUCUGAAAGAAAAUUACUUCGAGAACGGCUGAAUUGCAAGAGCUUUGACUGGUAUUUGAAAAAUGUGUUUUCAAAUUUACAUGUUCCAGAGGAUAGGCCAGGCUGGCAUGGAGCUAUUCGUAGUAUGGGCAUCUCUUCUGAAUGUUUAGAUUAUAAUUCUCCUGACAACAACCCUACAGGUGCUAACCUUUCACUAUUUGGAUGCCAUGGUCAAGGAGGCAAUCAGUUCUUUGAAUAUACUUCAAACAAAGAAAUCAGGUUUAAUUCUGUGACAGAGUUAUGUGCAGAGGUUCCUGAGCAAAAAAAUCACAUAGGAAUGCAAAAUUGUCCGAAAGAUGGGUUCCCUGUGCCAACAAACAUUAUUUGGCAUUUUAAAGAAGAUGGAACCAUUUUUCAUCCGUUCUCAGGACUGUGUCUUAGUGCUUAUAGGACACCUGAGGGCCGACCUGAUGUUCAAAUGAGAACUUGCAAUGCUGUAGAUAAAAAUCAAAUCUGGAAGUUUGAGAACUAAAAGAGCACAACAGCACUUUGGUCCCGAGCUGACGAUACAUUCAGGAAAGUCAAAGAGCCUCAGCGAAGAUUGUGUUUUAUCAGAAAUCACCCAGUGUUCAUCUGCGAGGGCUCUGCGUGACCUGUGGUUCGUUUUGGUGUAGAACACUGAAACUGACACACAGAGAGCUGCUGUCCAACAAUUCAAAGUGCCUUACUUAUGGGUUGUUUUAUUUCAGAGCUCUGUCAAUAUGGUUUCUUCUUCUUAAAGAAGUUGACUGUGAAUUGAGAUACACAUAAAAUAUUUAAGUGCCAGACUUGAUAUUAAAGAAUGUAAAAGUCCAAGUAAAAUAAGAUAAUUCAUGUUGGUGGGUAAGUUCACUGCACAUCUCAUUGUUUAACAAAACUCAUAAAUGUGCAGUUUGAGCUGUAACUCUUUUGAUUGUACAUAGAAUUUGAAUUUCUUUAGCCAGCACAUUAAAUUUUAGGUUUUAUUUUUUAUUCUAAUUUUUUAAAAAAUCAAAUGGAAAUCAAAGAAAGUGAAUUUUAAGGAGAAAGUCCUGGUUUGGAUAUGUGUCUAAUUAGAAGAGGGCAUCAGUUUGUGAAUUUGGAGGUCUCGUUAACAUUUAGACAUCUUAAAAAUAUAUACUCCCAUCUGAAUACAAUGGGGUGUUCUUUACAUUCCACGCUUUGUAAACUUGAACUGUUGGACUUAAUGAUCUAUACUGAUACCUCUAAUCGAGUUUAUUUCAUAACUUGUCCUGUCUGUGAAGCUUUCUGUGUGUUAGAGCAUUUUCUCAUUGCACUUCCUUGAGUUAUGAAUGUAUUAGAAAAGGAUUCGUUCUGGAUACUGCAUUUCCUUCCCGUUGUUAAUGCUUAAUCACUUAAAGUAAAUACAAUUGAGGUCUCUCUGAAGUUAAACCAACUUUGUUUACUGAAAUGUGUGAAACUGAAAGUGGGCCUGGUUUUGCAAAGGCAGAGGAACUCUUCUGUGAGUUCUUGGUGAUUAGGGCAUUUCAGGAGGCAUUAAGAAGACUAGGAAAAAGGCCUGUCGCUGCAUUGGUGAAUGCUGCCUCUCAGCCUGUUUUCAGCACCCACCACUGAGCCUAGCACUUAGGCAGCUUUCAGGAAGUAGGAGAAGGACUGAAUGAAUGAAUGGUUCAGCCCAGGAAUGUGACUUCCGUCAACUCCUUAGAUCAGAUGACUCAGUCUGGGCCUCAGUGUCCUCAUCUGUAACAUAUGGGUGCCUGAUUAGCUCUUGCAGUUCCCGUCCAGUUCUGUAAUGUUAUGAUUAUACAUUACACCCAUCUCAAAUUCAGUUAUUGUGCAGUCUUUACAACACUUUUUAUCUCUUCACUCUUAACGUAGGUAAUGUUGUCGAGCAACAUUUGGUCCAGUUAUGAAGCUGGAAAAGAGAAAUGGUUUUAAUACUUAAGUGAGCUGAGCUCACCCUGCAGUGGUUUAUUUUGGAUUGAGUGUAAAGUUGUUGUGGUCAGUGUUUGUAUUCAUUUCAUUUGGCAGUUGUUGAACCAAUUUUUAUUUUUAUCUUUAAUCUUUCAAACUGUAAGUAGUCAUUUGGGCUAAGGAUAUAAAUAUUUCCCAAACUAAAUAAUUUGAAAAGUAAACAUACUUAAACACAAAAGUGUUAUUACUGGUUAUAUUCCAAUGUUAUAGCCAGAAAUCACAAGCUAAAUUUAGAAUUAAAUCUCAAUUAGUUCACUUGGGUCUAAGUUUAUGAAAAACGCAUGCUCCACCAAGAAUUGGUUCACAGUACUCAUGAAAAGUUGUUUUCAGUGUCUUCUUAAUGACCUAAAAAGUAGUGGCUCUGGGAUGGCCAUUUCAAAACGUAAAAUUGCACAGUAUCUUGAAUAGUUUUUUUGUUUGUUUCUUAAAAUGAAAAUGUGUUAUUAACUUUCUAUAACUUAUCUGGCAACCUUUCAGUUUAUUAAAGCAUUGUCCAGAUUCCAUGUGCAAGGUGCACGACCCUGGCUGUAAUUGAAGGAAGGUUUAUAACAGUGUCUGAAUUUUGCUAAAGGGAUGACUAACAACGGAUAUUUACCUAAAGCCACCCUCUCCCCUAGCUCAGUGUGCCUUUUUUAAAUUAUUACAUUAGCUCUUUUUUAAUUUAUUAUUUUUUUUGUUCUACUUAGCCCUCUAUAAAAUGGGAGAACUAAAAGUGACAUAUUCUUAAAGUACUUACUGGAAUUAUUUUUAUUCUAGUACCUUGCUACUCAUGUCCAGAGGGAAAGGGAGCAUUGAAAAGUAAAGUAGUACUUAAUUCUAGUAAGUAUUUACUUUUAUUCUGAAUUUCAGGGUGUGACCCAUUAAUCUUUUUGGAAUAAAUUUUAGGCUAGUGCUUUAUUUAUAUCAAUAAUUUGGAACAAUUAGGCUGUUCAUUCCUCACAAUACUGUAGGUAAGAGAUGAAUUAGACCUUAAUGUUUUCAUUCAUAGGCAUUUCCAAUUUAAUUCCGAAAACACACUAUAAAACUGCAAGCUAAAUACAUUUAGAUGCCUUACUUCUAAUUUAUUGCCACCAAAGCUCUCUUUUGUGGUGGACAAUUAAAAGUUAACCUUUUAAGUUAAUUUACAUGAUCAAUAACAGUUUUAGUAAAAUAUUUGGUAAAAAAGACAUUUCAACUUAAAAUCAUCAGUCACUGUAUUGUCUAGUAUCCAAGGCUAUGAAUAGUUUGACUAGCUAAAUAGGCAUUUUUAAAAGUCAUUUCUGUAAAAAAAAAAUAAGCUAGUCAUCUGCAGGAUCUCUAUAACUCAAAAUAAUUUGUUUUGUAAAAGAAAAUUUGUAUUCAUUAUAUGUUGGCAAAUCAGACUUUUCUAGGUUGAAAACAAAAGUUUAUUUUUAAGUUGUAUAGUCCUAGUUGAUUUAUGAUCUCAGUUUGAAAUGAUAAAAUGGUUAGUUUUGACUUGUCUUUUUGAAUUGCUGUUUUAAUAAUAUUUUUAAAUAAGCACAAAGAAUGUUGAGGUUUGGAUUAAUCUCUUUUGACUGAUGAAUUUUCUUCCAUGUGAUGAGCGAUUUCCAUCAUGUUUUUCUUUUGUUAAUGGUAUUUGCAAUACUAAUUAAGACAAAAAAAUAAAAUGUGUGCCUAA